CGUAUACAUUGAAAUGUACAAGUAGUCCCCUUUGCUCUUUUGACCUACCAGAGUUCAUAUAAUGUGACGUCACAUUACCUUUGCAAUACUCGAGGUCGUUGAUUCACCUUGUGUGACUUUAUACAGGAAACACGCUCUCUCCUGGCUGUGGACUGCUCCAGAGUGACACCCAUCGAGUGGGGCGACCCGAAUAAACGGCUUGAGUGACUAGGCGGAAACCAUGACAGGCGAAGCGAGCCUCGACAUCUAAAAUGAGGAAAACCCUUCGCGAGCCAAGUGUCCUUGAGACUGUCAGCUGGCCGGGGAAUCUAUAAAUGUUACAUGCGGCGUGCCAGGUUAUCAACUACCAGUCACAAUGAACGGGCAUAGGGAAGAAGAUAUGGCUUACUUCCUUCCACGUAGUCUGUCGUAUGUUCAGGAUGGCUACGUGGACGAAUAUAGUGUCAGCUCGGCAUUCGUCCAGAACCCCCGAGAAUCCCGUCAACCCAGGAAAGAACGCAGCCAGUUUAUUCGUCUUUUCGAAGCGAUGGCAAAGGAGGGGGAAGCCAUUUACAAACAAGAAAUCGAGGAAAAUGGGUCUUCGGCGAGCCGGAAGGAAAAACAACUUGUGUGUGAGACGAUUACACCCAGGACAGCUACAGAGAGUGGACAUGACGUAGACGACUACAACAUUAGGAUAGAAGCUUUUCUAAAAUUUAUGUCUUCAAAAGGUCCUGUGUACAAAGAUACAGAACGUAAAGUUUCAAGCAGUGAGUUAAGAAAAUCAUCGUCUCUUAAGACAAACAAGACUCCCCCCGGAACACCAGGGAGCAAAAAGAAAGUUGUCCGUUUCGCGGACGCAAUGGGUUUAGAUCUGAAUUUUGUGCGAAGCAUUGGCAACGUUGACAUCCCACCCAAAGUACCAGCGUCCGCUCUGGCCGACCUGCGUGUAGGACUGGAGGAGGACAGACGUGAAACAGGCAGCAGCUUUCUCACUGCCUGCUUUUCCCAGCCUGGAGCUGGAGAUGACUUUAGGAAGAAGGCUCUUGCUCAAAAGGUGUGUUUGGAGAAUGCUGUGAUGGAAGGGGUGACGAUCACUGGAGUAAUCAGAGUGGCGAACAUUGCCUUUGACAAAACGGUGCAGGUGCGCUACAGCACCGACAGGUGGACUACCUUUCACGACAUAGCCGCAUCUUAUGUCCUGAACUCUUGCGAUGGACCAACGGACAGAUUCUCCUUCAGCAUUGUGGCGCCUGCAGUCUUUGAUGUAGGAUUCAGGUUGGAAUUCGCCAUCGCCUAUUCCACCAGCUGUACAGUGUUCUGGGACAACAAUGGUGGCAUGAACUAUGCAUUUGAAUGUUUUGCAAAGACAGUCCCCACGGAAGCAGAGAAUACGUGGAUGUCUUUUUUGUAAGGGGUAAACAGCAUUUGUUUCUGAAUGUAGUUGAAGCGUGUCACUAUACAUUGAUCGUUGUUAGAUUCCCAGAUGAUGAUCUGGGAUCCCGUGGGUCUUAACAAGAUAUACGAUUUAAGACCCUUUGCCACUUCGCGCUUUCCUCACCAGUUGCCUGACAAAAUGGUAAUGGGCAAUCGGUUAAAACCCCGGCUCUAUAUGCAACGACAUAGAAAUAGUGUUGCUUUCAAAUGGUCUGUGUACUACAAACAUUUGUUUAAGGAGAGUGUUUAUUUUCAUUAAAAAAAACCCAUUGAAUUGACAUACGCUUAAUAAAACAUUAAAUCAUUA